AUGUGUAGUCUCCGAACCGCCAGCGUUUUUAGUUUAUUGGAAAAUAUAAAUUGGAAACUUUUUAAAAAUAAAGGUGUUCACGUAACUCGUCUGGAAACUUUAAAACUUCUUUCAAAAGAACCGCACUUGUCAGAUAAGGAUUACGCAUAUCAGGCGAAGUUAGAUGCUUUACGUACAGUCAAUCUUUGCAAUGAACAACAAGUUGUUAAAGAUUUGGUUCUCAAAAAAGAGGAUAAUGUAUUUUAUACAGGUGCCGCAGGAACCGGUAAAAGCAUACUUUUAAGAUCGAUAAUCAGCGACUUAAGAAAAAAGUACGGGAAAUCUUCAGUUGCAGUUACAGCAAUGACUGGUAUCGCGGCAAUAAACAUUGGUGGACAAACGCUACAUUCUUUUGCUGGAUUUACGCCUCAAUCGAGUUUAAUGAACAUUGAAAGUCUUCAUAAACAUCUUAAUAGAUCUCGUAGGAUAGUAAAAAGAUGGAUGAAAAUCAAAGCGUUGGUAAUCGAUGAAGUUUCUAUGCUUGACGCUGAAUUGUUUGAUAGAUUGAAUCAUGUGGUCAAAAAUAUUCGUUGUGACACAAGACCCUUUGGCGGAUUGCAGUUAAUUAUAACGGGAGAUUUUUGUCAACUUCCUCCUGUCAACAAAGUAUUAAAUUAUUGUUUUGAAGCGGAAUCAUGGAAUUCGUUAAAUCAUGCGAUUCAACUAACCACCGUACAUCGACAAUCCGAACAAGAAUUUAUUAAGAUGUUAAAUGAGAUCAGAUUUGGAACGAUGUCGGAAAAAACCAUCGAAACCAUAAAUAACUUAGAUAAAGCACCUGAAUACAAAAAUGAUGGAAUUGAUGUAUCCUCAGAAGAUUGGGAACCUAAAAAUUACGGUCAAUUGAGAUCGCUCAUCAAAGGCUGCCUGGCACCGUUAAAAUUACCGCUUAAAAUUAACGCUCAAGUCAUGUUAACUAAGAACUUUACAAAACAAUUGGUUAAUGGUAGUAAAGGCGUUGUGGUUGGAUGGUUUUCCAUACCAUCCAUGAAAUUUUAUGAUGAACAUGAUGAAGUUCCAAGUGAUGAUGUAACUUUUGUAUUGCCUGUUGUAAAAUUUACUAAUGGACAAAUCAAGAUUAUUCCUUGGACUGAAUGGACAUUAAGGGAUGAAACCGAUCAUGUCGUCGCCCGACGUAUACAGAUUCCUCUCAUUCUUUCUUGGGCAAUUAGCAUCCAUAAAAGUCAAGGACAAACCUUAGAACGCGUAAAAGUUGACCUAAAUAAAGUGUUUGAAAGAGGACAAACUUAUGUCGCGUUAUCCCGAGCGACCUCUCUUAAUUCGCUGCAAGUACUCAAUUUUUCACGAGAUAAAGUAAUAACCGAAGAAAGAGUAAAGAUAUUUUACGAUUUAUUAACCAAAUUUUCUGGCAAUGAUGUAUCAUAG